AUGCCCACUAUGUCAGACGCACAGAAGCAUAAGCUACUGAUGGAACAAGAAAUAGCCAGGCUCUCAGGCGCCAUAUCGAGACAUGUAGCCAAACCUCACCCGGUGUCUUAUCACCCAUAUACUGGUAGAAGUAUCAGAGGGAGGGGAAGCUUCCGGGGGAGAGGUUCAACCCACGGAUUGGAUCUCAGAGGGAAGAAUCAGCUCGUCCAGCCGGCUGUGAAGCAGAAUAAGAUGGAGACCAACAGUCUGACUCGCGCGACACCUCCAGCUCUGGCUCCCGCCAAUGGCGUGAAGAUACCGGACGAAGGCGACGAGAGGAAGAAGGUGGAACUUGAAGCUGGUGAGGUUGUACAGGAGAUGCUUGAUAAAGUAGACGACCUCGGAGAACAGAAUUGGGUCACCAAAACUAGUAAGAAAGGGAAUAUGAGCUUGAUGACUGUCGAGAAGAGCCAAGAACUCAAAUCCAAACCCCGACAACUUAAACACAGACAUCCCCGGAUCCCACCCCAGAUCCAGAUCUUCACUUCUACUCCCCCCUCCUCCUCAUCGGCAGACCAACGGAGAGUCGUGAUAGACGGUGUCAUAUUUCAAUUUGACGAAGGUGGUCAGAAAUUAGUUCGGAUAGGUGAACUUGACUCGCAAUCCUCGCAAUCUUCUUCCAGUAGGAAAAGACCAAAUACACCCACUAGAAGGUCAGUGAGGUAUGACGGACAGAAAUAUAGGAGGACUUCGAAAGGGAAUUUGGUAUCUACUUCACGUCGGAGGAGAUGGAGUCAAGCUGAUGAUAGUGCCGAAUUGGCAAAGAAACCUUGCAGGUAUUAUACCAAGACGGACGGAUGGUGUGAUAAAGUCGAAGGUACAUGUGGUGAUUUACAUAUUUGGGAAUGUGAAGAAUGGAGGAAAACUGGAAAAUGUUCAAAGAAUGGGAAAUGUGGAUUAAGACAUGUUUUCAGAUCGACGGGUAGAGGUAAUACCUCGACUAAACAACUCGUCGAUUCUACUGAAACGAGGUCAAAAGACUCGACCAUCAAUCUGGACAAACGACCCAUUCCGGCGCUAUCACAAUUUGAAAACUCACUACAAUCUUCAAUAUCUAUAGAAUCGAUGGGAAAUGAUCGAGUUCCCAGUAUGGAAGAUGAGAAUAGGGUCAACGUCAACGUGGAGGCUUUCGAAAAUCAAGUGGAUUUUAUUGGUUUGGAGUUAGGUAUACCUAGUAGUCCUGUGAAUUCUGAUGAGGUGGGAAGUGGAGGAGAAGAUGUCGAAUCUGAGUCCGGAUCCGGAUCCGGGUUCGGGUUUGGGUCUGGGUCGUAUGAGUCGAGUGAUGAGUCGGGUUCGAACGAUGAAUCGGAGGAGGAAGAAGAAGAACCGAAUGUCGAAGUUACUCAUUAG